GCGCGGCCGCGCAGUCGCCUCCGGUCUCCCGCAGGGUCCGAACGCGCGUUCUCCGAAGAAAGCCGGCGAGCGCGGGCGCCCGGCCGCGCGGGCAGCCUCGGGACAAUGGGGCCGCGGCGCUUGCUGCUCGUCGCCGCCAGCCUCAGCCUGUGCUGCCCCUUGCUGUCUUCCCGCGUCCCCGUGCGCCAGCCAGAGUCUGACAUGACUGAUGCCACUAUGAACCCCCGGUCAUUUUUUCUCAGGAAUCCCAGUGAAAAUACAUUUGAACUGGUCCCCCUGGGGGAUGAGGAGGAGAAAAAUGAAAGCGCCUUGCCUGAGGGCAGGGCAAUCUACUUAAAUAAAAGCCUCUCUCCUCCCGCAGCACCUGCGCCCUUCAUCUCGGAAGAUGCCUCGGGCUAUCUGACCAGCUCCUGGCUGAGGCUUUUCAUCCCCUCGGUCUACACCUUUGUGUUUGUAGUCAGCCUUCCUCUGAACAUCCUGGCCAUCGUGGUGUUUGUCUUGAAGAUGAAGGUCAAGAAGCCGGCCGUGGUGUACAUGCUGCACCUGGCCAUGGCUGACGUGCUCUUUGUGUCCGUGCUCCCCUUGAAGAUCAGCUACUACUUUUCCAACAGUGAUUGGCAGUUUGGGUCUGGAAUGUGUCGCUUUGCCACUGCAGCAUUUUAUUGUAACAUGUAUGCCUCCAUCAUGCUCAUGACUGUCAUAAGCAUUGACCGCUUCCUGGCAGUCGUGUACCCCAUCCAGUCCCUGUCCUGGCGCACUCUGGGCAGAGCUAACUUCACCUGCCUGGUCAUUUGGGUGAUGGCCGUCAUGGGGGUGGUACCUCUUCUCCUCAAGGAGCAGACCACCCUGGUUCCUGAGCUCAACAUCACCACCUGCCACGAUGUCCUCAAUGAGACUCUGCUGCAAGGCUUUUACUCCUACUACUUCUCUGCCUUCUCUGCUGUCUUCUUUCUUGUACCACUGAUCAUUUCCACGAUCUGCUACAUGUCCAUCAUUCGGUGUCUUAGCUCCUCCGCAGUUACCAACCGGAGCAAGAAGUCUCGGGCGUUGUUCCUGUCCGCUGCUGUGUUCUGCGUCUUCAUCGUCUGCUUUGGACCCACCAACAUCCUCCUGAUCAUGCACUACCUGCUCCUCUCUGACAGCCCUGCCACAGAGACGGCCUACUUUGCUUACCUCCUCUGCGUCUGUGUGAGCAGUGUGAGCUGCUGCAUCGAUCCCUUGAUCUACUACUACGCCUCCUCCGAGUGCCAGAGGCACCUCUACAGCAUCUUGCGCUGCAAAGAAAGCUCCGAUCCCAACAGUUACAACAACAGCACCGGCCAGCUGAUGCCGAGUAAAAUGGAUACCUGCUCUAGUCACCUGAAUAACAGCCUAUACAAAAAACUAUUAGCUUAGGGGAGAAGGAGUGCUGGAAAGUCACAGAGAAAAGGGUGGAAAAGUGGACAGCCCGGGAUUCUGUUAGUCUCUGUCAAGAACUAUAUUUACUUCACAACCCAUGACUUAUUUGCAUGCCUGCUUCUUACAAGUGCUGUGUCAAGCAUAAUUACCAGAACGGUAAUGGGAACCAGAGAGAGAUUUCCAAUGUUGCAGUGCUGCAAUAGCAACCAUCUGUCACUCCUUGUAUAUUUGGGUGACUUAAAUGUAUAGGUGAUAUGCACAUACAUAUUUGCAAUGCAGUAUGGGAUCAAUGCUUUCACACUUUCUUGUUUAUUCCCUAGCUAUGGAAAUAAUUGGAUUCUCUGAGUUAAUAAACUAAGUCUGUUUUGGUGGAUGUUAAUACUGAGCAGCUGAAGGUGUCUAAUGAUAGGGAAGGAGUCCAUAGUUUAGACUUAACACAGCUUUGCCCAUAAAUGUAUUUUCCAUUAUUAGAUGGUAAUGUUUAAGCAAUAGAAAGGUGCAACAGUAUUAUCUGCAUAGGGGAAGAUAUAGUGCCAUCUUGAAAAAUUGCCAAAGCAGUUGGAAAGCCCGUUUUGAUAUGGGGUAUCAUUUUUGCAAUUUACAUACUGAAUACAUGGAUCAAGACUGAGCAUAAGACUCGACGGGAUCAUAAGAAACCUUACCAAGCAGCCAAGCCCGAUGUGAUAACUAGGCACAGCCAUCUCCAUGGGAGCCUCUGAACUGCAGAUACACUUAUCCAGCUGUGUCUCCCAGAGAGCAGAGGCGGAGACCACCAGGCCCACUCCUCCUUCCUAGGCAUCCCAUUAGCUGAGAGUGGACUGUAUCUGUUUGGAACUGGCAAGAUAGGAUAUGCCAUCCUGGGAGGGAAUAACUACAAAAGUCGUCUGCAUAUCUGAGGAAUAGAGAAAGGUGUGUUUAUAUCCAGUAGCUGUCCUGCAAGGCUGGCUCUUGCGCAGACACACCCAUGUGCCCUGGGCACUCUGGUGGAUACUGGACCUGCAGACUGACAGACUGCAGGACGUAAACUGAGUCCUGCCUUUACCUAAGCAAAGCAGAUAGCUGACGUGGCCAAUAAGCAAGGCCUAACAGCUAAACAGCUUUGGAGAUCUGAGUUUCUGCUUCAGUAGCUGUAGAUUAAAACACAGUUUAAGAUGUAUAUUUUUAAGAAAUAAGCCAAGUCCACAAUAUUUAGACACUAUUUAUUUACAAAUGUUUUAUUGAAAUUUACCCAAAUCAGCCAGGUGUUUUGGCACACACCUUUAAUCCCAGCUCUUAGGAGGCAGAGGUAGGCAGAUCUCUGUUGAGUUCAGGCUAGCCUAGUCUACAUGAUGACUUUUAGGCCAUCUAGGGCUAACAACAUCAAAACAAAACCACAUUUUUUAGAAAGCAAGAAAACACAAAAAGUUUUACCGAAAUCCAAUUUUAAGAGAUAUAUAGGUCAGUCUGGUUUAAAAAAAAUGGAAGAAAAUGAAAUUGAGAUUGAAAUGUAGGAAAAUUAUCCUGUGUUUUUCCUGAGUUAAUUAAAUUAUUUUAAAAGCAUGUUGCCACAGUGACUAAUAAACAUAUAAAAAUCUUCAUGGCUUUGACAAAGUGAUUUGAAAAUUAAUUUGAAAUAUGUGUUUUUCCUGAUUGGAAAUGUAUGUUGGAAUUUUAAGCAAAUAAAAAAGUAGAAAGGGUAAAUGUUUAUUUAAGAGAACAAAGUAUUUCCAAAUAUUGUAGAAUAGCUCCUCUAAUUAUACUGUUAACUGAGUUACUGUAUUGAUUUAUCAAAAUCAUCAGCUCACCAUUGUGUGUUCUGUCUGUGACUUAAUAUAACUAUUAUUAUUGUACUUGUGGACUUUGAUGUCACUGUUUUAUGUUCACUCUUUUUUAAGAAUAUUAUGUAACAUUAAUAAACAUGAACAUGUGCUUGGUA